GCCUAUCUCUGCACUAGUUGUAAAAAGUGUGUAAUGUGAUUUAAGUGAAAAAUACGCAUUUGUUGAGUUUUUCAAAGAAUUUACAUACAAUUUGAUUAUUUUGUAUGGAGAUUAUGACUUACUAGUGUUUAUCUAACGAAAAGUGAAAAUGUUCUUUAGUUUUUCUAUUUGUUAUUUUUUACUUUCUUGACCUGGGCUAAGUUGUUGUCCAUGUUUGAUUUCAACAAAAAUAAUACGCCACUUUUUCUUUAAAUUUCUAUUAUGGGAAGAAACAUAAACUGCGACAUGAUUUCACUGCAAAAGACCCUUUUGAAUACAUGCUUGGCAUAUUUGGUCUUGUUACUAAUACAAAAAGAAUUGGUUUUGGUAAAAGCAGCUGUUAUACCGAAUUCCUCAUCUGCCUUACAUUGUGAGUAUUAUAAUAAUACUUUCAAAGACAAGCCUGCAGAUGCUGGUGUAGCUGAAGAAAUAUGUCCUGUCGAUGACCAGAAACAUCAUUGUUAUGUUUUGUGGUCCAUUACAGAAAAUGGAACAGUUAAUGUUUCUUUAAAGGGUUGUUUCGUAAAUGGAGCUGAUUGUGUCAACCAGACAAGAUGUGUAGCUACUUCUGUAGCUCCAAAAAAUAACCUGCUCUUCUGCUGCUGCGAGGGACACAUGUGUAAUCGAAACUUUACUUGGGAACCUAGACCAACUGAAGCUGCCCCACCAAGUACAUCAGUGCCAAUGCAUGAAGCUUCGGGCUAUAAUUUCUACUAUGGUAUUUGGAUUAGCGUCGGUCUGGUAGCUUUCGGCGUAAUUGUUGCUUUAGCAUAUUACUGGACCAGGAGGAAUAAGCAUUACUUCAAUGGGUUACCGACGUCUGAGCCUCAUCCUUUACCACCUUCUACACCAAUUUUGGAUAACAGACCAAUCAAGCUGAUCGAGAUCAAAGCUAGGGGACGUUUUGGUGCAGUCUGGAAAGCGCAGUUUAAGGGAGAGGAAGUUGCUGUCAAGAUAUUUCCCAUUCAGGACAAGCAAUCAUGGUUGACCGAACAAGAUAUAUUUAAAUUACCUCACAUGGAUCAUCCAAACAUUCUACAAUUUAUAGGAGUCGAGAAACACGGCGACAACUUGCAAACGGAAUUUUGGUUGAUCACUGCCUACCACGAAAGAGGAUCUCUGUGUGAUUUUCUUAAGGCUCAUACACUUACUUGGAGUGAACUUUGCAGAGUUGCAGAAACAAUGUCUAAAGGUUUGAUGCGUCUUCAUGAAGCCAUUCCAGGAAGAAUUCUCGGAGAACUGUCUAAACCUGCAAUUGCUCAUAGAGAUUUCAAAAGCAAAAACGUUCUAUUAAAGAGCGAUCUGACUGCGUGCAUAGCUGACUUCGGUUUGGCCAUUACUUUUGAAUCUGGUAAAUCUUGUGGGGAUACACAUGGACAAGUUGGUACUAGAAGGUAUAUGGCACCUGAAGUCCUGGAAGGUGCUAUAAAUUUCACUCAAGACGCUUUUCUAAGAAUCGAUAUGUACGCUUGUGGUCUAGUUCUCUGGGAGUUGGUGUCAAGGUGUACAGCACAGGACGGACCUAUACCAGAAUACAGACUACCAUUCGAAGAAGAAGUGGGCCAACAUCCGUCUCUUGAGGAUAUGCAAGAAUCUGUUGUUCAACAAAAAGUUCGACCUUUGAUCCAAGAGCAUUGGAGGCAUCAUCCGGGUUUGGCAGUAAUUUGUGACACCAUGGAAGAAUGUUGGGAUCACGAUGCCGAGGCAAGAUUAUCAGCGUCUUGUGUAAUGGAAAGAAUAAUCUCGCAGGCGAAAUACCAACAACAAUCCGCUGGAUGGAGAAUUGAUAUUUUAAAAGAGAAUAGUAUGUAGGGCUCAGUAGGAUUCGGAAUUUUGAACGAACCGUACCUGCAUAACUAAAGUACCUGCGCCUGCAGCCUGUUACCACACUUGCCUACUUUAACAUAGCUUAAAUUAAAUAGCAGAUUACAGUAUUGUCCAAAAAGAAACAUAGUCAAUAACUUCCAGCGAAAAUAUUUAUACGUUUUUAGGAGUAUUUUUCCUCUCCACCUUGACUAAGUUUCUUUUUUAAUUACAAGGUGAUUCCUAAUACCGAAUACUCUGCGGUAACAUCAUAAAUUUCAGAAUACUAUAUUGCAAAUUUUAUAUUUUAUCUUCUUAAAUUUAUUCUAUAUAAUAUCUAUAAUAAAGCUUAUAUUUUUAUUCGAAUUUUUUAAAUAAUUAUAAUUGGUUGUUGAGAUAAAUAAUGUAUUGGAUUAAAUUCCAAAACAAACAGAAGCUUCAAAUAAUAAAUCAGGUACUACAAGAAAAAUAUUUUUUUAGUAGAUUUUGGGUAUCGUUUUAAAAAGAAUUUGCAGGUUAGCUUAUUGCUUUAAGCGAUUAUAAAAACUUGGGAACCUUUGGUUGACGAACAAAAAUAUGUCGAUCUUAGUAUAAAGUGAGAUAAAAUCCAAUUGUGCCAAAAUCAGAAAACUUAGGACCAUCCAAAGGUAGUUUAAACACCGCAAGUAAUUUAUAGACGUAUGUUUAAGGACAACUGAAAGAAGGAUCUUAUAAUAAAGUCGUUAAAGAACUGUGUAAAGUAUGUUUGGCAAGAAUUUUAGUAUGAACCCAUUAUCAACUGUAAAGAGCUCAAUGGGAUCUACGACUAUAAUUACAAUCAAUACUGACAGUGAAUGAACUGAUUUUCUGAACUGAACUUCUUCCACAUAUUGUUUAACUUAAACAGCUGUAAUGCACUGCAAUUUCCAAGAUUUUCAGUUUAUCACUGCUAUACUUGGACCGAAAAUGCAGAAUCCUAUACUAUAGUUAAAAAUUGUAGGCACUAUAUUUUCAGAAAGAUAAAUGUAUUGAAAUGAUAUUUUAAAUAUUCCCAUAUGGCACAUUGUAUACUACAUCACAACGUUGAGUACAUCGUGAUUCUUGUGACAAGUAGAAAAAUACAGCAGAACAACUUUUUAAUAAGUAAGAGAGAAAUUUGCCAGAAAUGAUGACGCUGAAACGUCAUCAUUUCUGAGAAUUUACCGCCUACAAUGUCGAAACUACUUUACCGUUUAGAAAGAUGCUGCUACAUUUGUUGUACAUUAGCAUUUAAAACUACAUAACCUAAUCGCUACUCUUUUGUCACAUUGAUAAGACUGCCACAGACAAAUCGCAAGCUAUCUCGUUUCUAGUAGUACUUAACGUUACCUAAAACAUGUGAAAAGGUAACUGCUCUGAAAAAUUGUUUGUUGUACCUCCAAAAAAAUUGACAGCAACAAAUAUAAUCUAUUCACAGCCCAGAAAAAGAACCUCUUAGCAGUUACACAUGAAGGAAUUAUGAUAAACACAAAUCUGUGACACGACUCAGGACACUGACACGACAUGACAAUGAAUAUGUCAUCGGAGAGAGGAGGAGGUGUAAAGUUUUGGGAAGUCUCGCAGAUAUCUUCCGCGGAGAUUCUUGGUUCGAAAAUAAUAAUAAAUAAAUUUAAAUUACAUAAAAAUUAGUUCUAUAGAAUUUUCCUAUAAAAAUGAGUACACGUCAUUCAAGAUUUACGACGUCAGAACACCACAGCGUUGCCAAAAUAUCAGAAUAGUUAAUAAGUAAGGAAUGUCAACUAUUUAAGAAUACAAUACAAUAAUCAAUUGGAUUUUUAAAAUUUGUAAAAGAAACUCGAAAGGUUUUUAUAAAACUUCUGUAUUAGUUUGUCUUUUUGUAAUACCGUUUUUUAGGAGGUGAUUUUAAAAGUUCAUUAUUUUUAACAGCUUGAGAAAUAUUAUUAACAGUAGAUACACUUACUGCAACACACUAAAAUAUAUAAGAAAACAUUUUAAUACAAAAAUAUAUAUUCUGAAUUCUUUAACUUACCUCUUUUAGAACAUUUAAUAGUAAAAACGUCCAGCCAUUAUUUCUGGUUCAGUUAAACUUAUCAGCUAUUAUCAACUUUCUACAGACUAUUCAGUUUUUUUGGGCAUAGCACAAUCACAAUACACAACAAUUAUUAGUUUUUAAAGAUAUUCAGCUAAAUUUAAUAUGUAUUUAUAAAUACAAUUUAUUAAUAUAUAAUGUAUUGUGAAUCAAAUUGUUUCAGAAAUCGAAACACAAACAAAAUUCGUACUCUAAAAAAGUGGCAACACUAUAAGCAAUUUUGCCAAACGCUGAACUGUCAUUGAAAUUGAAAGUCUUCCCGUAUCAGUGGCGUACGAUUGUCUAAUCUAUUUAAUUAAAAUUAUUAUUUUGUGGAGUAUUCAACUUAAACAGUUAUUUCAUAAAAUUAAUAUUAUUUAUAAUAACAAACCUUUUUGCCUAUUUAAUCAAUAUAAUUCUAAAAUUUUCAAUAUAAUCAUGAUUACAUUUUUCUAAUUAUUAUACCAUGUUGACGAUUAUGAAAGAUCGAGCAGUUCCGUAUGGAUGUCGUACUAUUAGCUGUCUUAGGGGAAUUUGAACUCUAAGAUUGAUGUUCUAGAAAUUUUAAAUACAAGUGACGUCACUUUGUAGAAAUCGUGACGUGCAACGUUUUUACUUUAAAAAAUAGUAUAUAUAAGCAUGCAUAAGUGGCUUAAAAAGUUUUAUUACUAUAAGGUUUGGUGGUAUAAACUUACAUGCUUCCUCAAAUUUAGCGAAAUCUUCAUUUUUCCAAUACAGGCUGAAAGAAAUAUUAAUGGUACAAAUACGUACUUCUGUAAAAACAAUAGUUCCAAAUCCAAAUUUGCCAUGAAAUGAUAAUGAACACUAUGAAUUUAUACAACGAGUAUUGCACUUAGAAUCAAAGAUGUUUGUAGGAAUAGCUAACCUAUUUAUGCUAAGCAUGAUGAAUAGUUCAAGAACUCCUAUUGCUAAUAUUGAUGCAGCUGUGCCCAUUGCUAGAUUUGCUAUGACCAUUCUAACAGAAAUCAUUACAACAGAAAAAAAUGAAGUCAAAUUAAUAAGCAUAAUGCUUUGUUUCUUCAAUAUAUGAUUAUCGUAUCAUCAGAUAAUUUCCAGGUGUAUAUUUACUGCCCCACUACAAGUUAUUUUACAGAAUGAAAUAUGCAAUAACAUGGAGCAUUUAUUAUAUUCUUUCAGCAUGUAUAGGAAAAUGAAGAAUUCACUAAAUUUUUGAAAGCGGUUGAGUUUGUACUCAAACGCCUAUCAAACGAUAAGGCAAUAAUACUUUUUAAGCCACUUGUGUAUUUUUAAAUGAAAAUAUUUUUUAUGUAAUUGAAAUUUAUUUUCGAACCAGGGAACUUUGCGGAAUGUAUCUGUGAGACUUUCCAAACGUAAUAGGAGGCUUACUUUAUACAAAUUAUAUUGAAAAAGAUAAUAGUUUUUUACUUUUAAAUUAUAAAAUUUGCAAUAUAAGCUAAGAAUAUUUUAACUUGAAUUAUGUACAAAGCAGUUGUUACCGAAAACGAAUAUUUUGCUGGAAGAGUAUCCUAUAUGGAGUCGCCGAAAUAUCAAUUGUGCCAAUAGAAGACAAAUGGAAAUAAUUUUUUUUAUACUGAGAUUUUUAUACAGAAUCUAUUGCUCCAGAUGUUCUUACUUUAUUAACUUGUGUGGUGACAUUGAAAUUUUUUAAAUUGUGGUGUGAAAAACUUUUGAUGUCUAACCUUAUUGUCGUUUAAGGUUAUUUGUAUAUUUUACCUUCCACAUUAGUUUGUCUUUAAUUCUAUACAUAAGCUUUUUAUGUUUGAUGUGAUUUUUUGGUGGAAAAUUUAUCCUUUAAUCCUGACAAUCGAACCUGAAAUAGCUUUUUUUCAAUCAGUUGUUGAAUGAGAAAUAUUUUAUUUUUGUGAAAUUUGUGAAACUUUAUGUACUAAAUUUCUACAAAAACUAGAAACACCUUGAAAUGUUAUAUCACUACAAAAGAAAGCAGCAAAGUGUGUCCAUUAUAGUAAUUUUUAAAUAUCGUUUUUCUGUAGCACAUAUCUACAAUGUAGAAAGUCUGCUUGUGUAGUUUUCCAAAAAUAGUUGUGCCAGUAUGACGUGCGCAAUUAAGAAAUCGUAUAUUAAAACAAUUGUUACAUUACGUGGCAGUUACAAAGAACAAACUCAGAUUUUUAUUUUCGUACCGUUCCAAUCCGAACGAUGCUGACAUUGAUGACGAUUCUUCCUAGCUGGCGAUUUUUGUAAUGAUAUAGUAAUAGUGAAUAGCUAGGCUACAUCUUGAUUCGACUUUAAAGUUACUUUGAGAGAAUUGUAACACAAAUUCUAAUUAAAAAGAGCAGUUUUAGAAAAAUGAGAAGAUAAACUGUAAUUUUGUGACGAGUUUGUAAAAUUGUGUCCCAAACCUUAAAUUGUUAAAUAUAUUUGAAAAUACAGACAACAGUUUGUAUAUGCUUACAGCUAUAGCUGAAAAUAGUUUUUGGUCUCAGUCGAUUAAAAAUAAAAAACAAGAACAAAGAAAAUGCGGACAUUCAAAUAAUUAACAUUAAAACGAUAUGUAAUUUCACCAAAAAAUCACAUUGCUUAAAUCAUUUAUGUUUCAAUUUGUUUUAUGUGGACCUUCUUUAUUUUCUAAAUAUUUAUAUUUGAAAACGGUGUAUGUAACGACUCCUAUUGAAAUGUUUAAAAAAUACGAAUAUAACAGAAAUGUUCUGUAACGUAGAAUAUUAGAUAACGUGUUGGUCGUAAAACGUUUAUUAGUAAUUAGUAAAUCUUGUACAACUAAAAGGUAUAAACUAAAUGUUUCUUCGAGAGGUUCUUGAUUCAAAUAACGCUGUCAAACAAUUUUGAAAUAGGACACCCUGUAUUUUACUUCAAUUUAAGCAGAACGGUUACCUUUUAAGCGAUAUUUUUGAACACUGACUGAUCCGCAUAAUGUCAGGCACGGAAUUUUUAAAUUUAAAAGAAAUUGUCUUCCUUACGUCGGUACUCUCUCGAGGUGCAACGUUCCGAUAUUAAAACACACGCUACACAAAAUCCGACUUUUAAAACAGUCACACGAUGUGUAAAAAAGGGACUAGCCAAAUAUUUUUUUAAGAUUUUUCCAAACAUUGAAUUAGAUCGAAAUAUAAGCAACGUUGGGUAAAAGGAAAAUUGAUGUAUUCCAUAAUAAAGGUUAUUUUCGAGAACCAAAAGUCAUUAUCUAUAUUCCAGUAACGUCCUUCCACUCCUUUACUUUGCUUAGUUGCUUUACUCAAGAUCGGUUGGUCCAAGAUUUAUCCUUGCAUUCAAUUUAGUCAAACAUCUGACAUUAUUUCUACAAAAAACCGCCUUUCAAUCGGAUCUAAGGAGACCAUUUUUGUUAUUGGAUUCCUUAUAACAGCACUUAGAUAAUAGAUUAUUACUAGUCUACGAAUUUCAUAAUAGAGUUGUUUAUUGCAUGGAACUUGAUUAGAGAUAACUUCCUGAUUCCUGAUUUAUUACGUCAGCUUAAGCCAUUUCGGCAUUUAAACAGUCCUUUCAGUUCCAAAUAAUUAUUUAGAACUUUAGGAUAGUAGGAAGUAUCGAGAGGUAACCGGUUUCUGUUCUUUUUUGAGUUGAUAUCUCCUGUAAGGAACCAGAUAUUGCAAAGCGACUAGUGGGAUUGAAUCGAGGAAACAAAGACGGAAUUAGAUUUUCUUUUAAUUGGCUUGUAUAUAAAUUCUACAAGAUCCAAAAGCAAUCUCGAUUUGAGGGAACGUCCUAGUGGAAGCAGAUACCACACCAACUGACAAUCGACCUUCGAGUUGUACCAAAUUCAAGCGAAACUCUUAUACAAAGAGACAUUAGAAAACAUGUAAAUAAACCUGUGGAGUGAUACAUAGAUCGAUAAGAGAAAAAUCCGUGGACACCUAAAACAAACAAAAUAUACGGGAACUACGUAUCCAAAUCUUCUUUUGACAAUAAAACACCAUGCAGAUUCUGUCCUCAGCCCUUUCUUACUUUACCAGGCAAUCGUCAAAAUUAAUGGCAAACUCAUUCUGAAGAGUAUCGAAAACUUCUAGACUAUGAGCCAACAACAAAAACACCUCGAAGGUAUGGAUGGAUUCUAGAAAAUUUCCAAAUUGGAAGCUAACUCAUUGUGAACCAAAAAAAUAUCAUUUUUUAACAGAAUACAAAAGGAAGUUGGAAUUACAACCUACAAUUGAGUCCAUAAAAAUGAACAUACUUUUACUUUUUUUCAAACAAUAUUUUCUGUUUGCUGGCAUCGAAACCAUACUUCUCUUACAGCCUCGUAUCAGUUUUUUGUUAUGCGUUGUAUUUCACGAUGUGUAGCUUUUACAAAAGCCCGUAUAUUCUCCAUCAGCUCAAAGAUCUGGUGAGAUCCCUGGACAUAUGUUUUUGACCUUGAAAUAUUUAAUCACAACUUACCUUUUAUGGAUACCUUAUAUGGAGCUGAAUCUUGUUGAAAACUGCAUGACGAUUGGCAUACAUUUUUCUUAGUUCAUCAUGUCUUCUAUCGACGGAAGAGAUUCCAUACCUUUAAAAGAUAUUAGCUGCUUGAUCAAUAAGAGCUAGUGUAAAUUGUUCGUUGUCACCUACUUUAACAAAAUAAGAACGUUGCCCUUGUACUCUUAUCAUAUCUGAGAACAUUUUUCUCCUAACCUCAACAGUCCUGCUUAGUUUUUUUUGUCCAAUCAUAAAUUUUUUGUUCUAUCUUCUAUAAGUUGUUAUGGUCUCACAUUCGACUCGUGCAAAGUGAUGGCGUGUGCUAAGUAUUGCUGGAGUUUUUGGCUUAUUAUUCUCGGGUUUAAUAUACUUUCUCUCCUCUUUCUGAAGCCAUCUUUUGCUACUGUCUUUUUCGUUCUUUCAUAUUCACCUCAAUCGUUUCAUUGUCUCUUUUUUGCUUCAAAAUCUAGUUAAUAGCACCUAAAUUUACACCACGCACCUUGGUAAUAUUUCUUUAAAUCAUUUAUGUGUUUUCAGUGAAGGUUAAAAUAUUAGUACAAUAGUUUUAAAUGUAAAUACUAACAAUAUCUUUUGUAAAGAGAGAACUUAAAACAAAUUGACUGGCCAGUUGGUUGUCAAAACCAGUGCCAAAAACACACACACACACACACACACACACACACACACACACACACACACACACACACACACACACACACACACACACACACACACACACAAAAUAUUAGUGCGCUUUUUUGGAAAUAACAUCAGUCUUCAAAAAUAAGCCUUAGUUCAGCCUACUUCAGCAAAAACGUAAUAGUUUUAAAAAUAAAAGAAUUUGAAACGCUGCAGCCCUGGUACAUAACCUUACUUCCUGACGUUAGAACUUGUCACUGCUUUGACAUAAACGUGUUACCAACUAUUGAAAAAAGUUGUGAAAAAUAUGUCUUUGCAUUGAGUUGAUUUAUGUUCAUUAAUUUAUUUUUAAAAGAUUAUGAUUGAGUGAUUUCUUAAAUUUUUUAGUAAAAUAGUGCUUUCUACUAUUUUGAUUUAUGACAGAUGAAUAGGAAAUUCUGAAUUAUCUGUGUACCUUUUGACAGUUUAAAGAUUUACUAAAUGCGCUAAUGGACGUUGGUUAAAUAUGUUCUAUUUUACAUACCUAUUGUGAAAGUCACUAAAUAAUAUACUAAGGAAGGUGGGACCUAAAUGAAAAUAUUUGGAAACAUUAAAAAUUAAAGGAAAAUUUUAAAUUGUAAAGCAAAAACAAAUUGAUCUUCAAAAAUGGAUCUUACUCAACAAGGUAUAUUAUUGUAACUGUUUCAUAAUUUUUGUAGUUGUAAAUCGUAGAAGAUAAUUGUGCCAUAGAAAAUCUAUUUUGUGCACUUUUAAUGAAUUUUCUCUUUAAGGUUAUAUUUGUGCAAUUAAGUGUUAAGUUUGG